AUGGAGAGCGACGACACAGACGACACAGACGCCCGGGAUGACACCGAGGACUUUUCCUAUGAAAGGAAUUGCCAAAGUCGUGAAGUGCGAGCGAUCGGGCCAUUCAACAAGAAGAAAGAGAAAAUUGCCGAGUGUACAGUUGUUCGGUGCAAGGCUGUGGAGAUAAAAGACCCGUUUAACAGUUCAAAAGAAGAUGAUGGGUCAUGGCGGAGGGUUCACAAAGGAACGUCUGUGCUGAUCAGCGGAGAGGAUCAGAGCCCGAUGAUGGCACUGGUUCACGAGGUGUAUAAGGUGAUCUGCGAAGACGAUGAAGAGGAAGAGGACGCUCUCAUGAAAGUGACAUGGCUGUAUCGAGACAAGGAAGUGAAAGCCAGGAACAAGAGACCAUCGUCGUGCAAGGCGGGGUCAGUGAUCAACAAGAAAAAGGAGUCGGGGUCGGUCAGGGAGGUGUUCUACACAGCCCACAGUGACCAUGUGCUAGCCCAUCAUGUGAUACAUCCCUGCCUGGUGCACUUUCAGCGUGUAAAAGACCAGCUACCCUUUCAGACAAUCAAGAUUGGCCAGCACACACUUCAAAAGCCGAUGAAAGGUUUCAUAUGUCGACGUUUCUUUGACACCAAUGGCAAGAAAUGCUACAGCCUGGAUGAUGUGGCCGAUGACAUCAGGGCUAUCACCUUUGAGGAUCACCUUGUCCUGGAGGUGCAAGAGCUCCUGCAGGCCACACAUCGGCAGCUCGAUGCAUGGCUGCAACACACCCCCAGAUGGUACCCAGAAAAGCAGCCCUCUGCUCCUGCUGGUGGCUCAUGCGAACUCCAGGAUAGCAUUGGGAAGGAGGCUGUACCAGAGCUGCCUGCAAAAGCCAGCAACUCCAUAGCGCAAAAGGGGUCAUCAGAGGAUAUGAAAAAGCAACACAGGCUCCAUGAUAGUGCCAAAGAUGUUCCAUCAAGGAAACGGCCACGCCUUGAUGAUAACCAACGUGGGAUGCCGAAUCAAAAAGUCAAAUCUGAGCACAGCCAAAAAGCAUGGAGGCACCUGGAGCGGACUGUCUCUGAUCCAGGUGCUUUAAGGUUAGGUGGGGACAUUGCCAGCCUGACGCGACGGCGGUCAGUUGACUGUGGAAAGCAUACCUGGGAGUCAGCACACGAUGGCCAUCACAGUGAACCUUCGGGGUCAGUGUCGCUUGCCUGCGACAGACGAGCACAGGAGAAGUCAGCUGAACACAAUAAAGAGACAAAGCCAACUGCAAACAAUAACAAGCGGCAGGCUUCACCCCCUGUGCAGAACGAUGAGGACGAAGAUUCUGAUGACAACAUGUCGCUGAUGCAACGACACAAGAAACAAGCUCUCGCAAGAAGUCGACUGGCAGGCAGCCCAAUGGACCUUUCCAAAUUCAUCAAGAAACAUGGCGACAUGUUUGAUGUGAAAAUCCCCAAAGAGUUCACACAUAGCGGGGAAACUCGGACUGAGCUCGUUUUUGGGGGGCGGUUCAGAUCCAGGGCAGAAGCUGAGAAAGUGUGCCUAACUGGUUUGAAAAUGAGUCGCUCAGAUUUGAAGAAGUAUGUGAAGGCCAACGCUACGAAGUUUGGUGCAGACCCAUCGACAGGCCGCCCACCUCCAGAGCCUGUCGAGGCUCCCAUGCUGGACCCUAGGCUUGGGAACUUGAAGCGCAGUGCUAAAGGAACAGAGGGGUUGCGUGGACUGCCUAGAGGGCAAAAGAGACAGAAGAGACUGAGGCAGAAGGGUGCUCCAGGUGGGGAGACUGCCUCCACUUCCCAGCCUCCUGGUCCGUCUCCCUUCAGCCAUCGUCCUGAGCAAGACACACCAGAUUUGGAGGACAGUCCCUUGCAGGAUCCGAACCGUCCACGCCUGGGAGCCUCCGUCAACGUUGCAUCUACAAGCUCGCCAAGUUUGGCUGAUGGGCCAGGAAUGCUGGCUUUCCCCCGGCAACCCCCCACCAGCCGGUUAGGUGCAGACAAACCUUGUCGCCUCCCUGCAGCUGCUGCAGGGGAGGAAGCAUCAGUGGCUGACAGCUGCAAAGCAACAGGCGACGUUGGUGUCAAGCCAAGCGGCGUUGCACUCCAAGAUGGUGGCUCCGAUGGGCCAACAUCAAAAGGUGAAGUUGGUGUUGCACUCGACAUCGACAUGGAUGUCAGCAAGGACCCCGAUGUAGUUGUGGAAACUGAUGUAGCUGCUGGUGCGAAUUAUGGUCGAACACCUGCAAACUCAGUUCCAGGCACUAUGGAUACAGAAACCUUACUGCAGACAGCUAGUAACAACAAGGGCGCGCCGGGCCCCGACAACGAGAAGGUGGAACAAGACCAGAAUCUGCAUGCCAAAGAUUGGAAAGAGGCUGAUUUGGCAGUGGGUGGGGCACCCCCAAUUGGGGUUCAAUCUGGGAAGGAUGAGCCUCCUGAAGUAGGAACCCUCAGUCAAGGGGCCACAAGAGACACCCAGCAGUUGAGUGGUUAUGUUUUCCGAGACUGCCUGAUUUGCAUGGAGCCUGGGCUUGCGGAGUGUUCAGAGUUCGGAAAGGGGUUCUUGGAAGAGACCAUCUACAAAGGCUUGUGGGAUAGGUUUGUCCGGGACCUAGACAGGGGCAUGAGCGCAGCACUCGUUGUCAAAGUGGACAGGGACAGCAACCAGUGCAACAUGCUGCUCAGCAUAAGGCAGUCUGAAAAGGCUGGCAAGGCAGGUGGGUUCAGAUACACCAUGUUUGCCACGAAAUGGGUGUUGGCCUGGCCCAAGACAGAACUGAGAGACGGGUGCCAGGAUAUGCAGGAGGAUGGGUCCAACGGGGCCCCUGCUGACUUUUGUGCUUCAGGCCAGGGUGCCUACAUAGAAGAUGACAGCAGCGUGAUCAUGGGGGGCUACAUCGGCAUGGGUGGCUUUGGCGUGUGGCUGACUGUGGAGGCCUUGGUGCAGCUGGGAUACCUUGAGGAAGCACUGCAAGCGAGUGCCAAACAAGGAGAGCUGCCUGCAGCCAUGUCUGUGGAUGGCGAGGUGUCCAGCUCGAGUGAUGGGGAUGGGGACAGCGAAUCCACAUCGGAUGUGGACAUUGGCAUUGGAUGA